UAAGAGGAGCCCAAAGCGGCCGUCACACGCAGACACUCGGACAGACAGACUGGCAGAGAGGGAGACAGGACGACAGACAGACAGGCAGACAGGCAGGACUUUACGGGAUGGGAACAGACGACUGUGACCCAGUGUUUCCAGCUGUUGGCAGUUUGUUGCGGAGGCGCGGAGCUCAUGUAGAGCAGCCGGGAACUGGCACCGGGACACGGACACCGCUGCGGGGGUCUGCGAACUAAAACAUGGGAGCGGUGAAGUGAGGAGAGAGACGUCCCGAAGAGCAAACAGGAAAAAAGCUAAGGCAUAAUGGUCCUCCUCCUGUAUUUUGGCUUGUCACUGCUGGCAGCUGUCCAGUCCAGCACCAUCAAGAACUGCCACCCUGGUUGCCAAUGCGAGGUGGAAAGCUUUGGCCUGUUCGACAGCUUCAGCCUGACCAGGGUGGACUGUCGAGGGUUAGGACCCAGCACUGACAUGCCCAUCACCAUCCCACUGGACACUGCCCACCUGGACCUGUCCUCCAAUGCCAUGGGUCCACUCAGUGACACCAUGUUAACUGGUCCUGGCUACACCACCCUCAUCAGCUUAGACCUCAGCAGCAACCAUAUUACAAAGCUAAGCCCCAAUGCUUUGUCCAAGCUGCGUUACCUGGAGACUCUGGAUCUGAGCCACAACAACCUGGCGAGCCUCACCUCGAGCUGUUUCACUGGCCUCCCACUGGCUGAAGUUGACCUCAGCCACAACAGCUUCCAGGAGUUUGACAUUAAUGUGUUUGCUACCAAAGUCAAUGGUGAACCUGUCAGUGUGGAUCUUUCUCAUAACAAGCUCUCAUCAGUGUCCACGACUUUGCAUGGAAAAGUUAUACACAUUCAAACCUUAAAUCUCUCAGCGAACCGGCUGUCGGAUGUUCCCAGGCUGGCAGGACUUCCUCUGAGGUAUCUCAAUCUGGAUGGUAACCCCAUUGUGCAAAUUAAGGAGGGAGCGUUUGCUCUGCUGAAAGAUCUGGUCUAUUUAUCCAUCAGUGGCCUUCAUGAACUUCAGGAAAUUGAGUCUCACAGCUUCAAGGGCCUGCAGAGCCUCCAGGUUCUAGAUCUCUCCAACAACCACAAGCUGAAGGCACUUAGCCCUGCAGUUUUCAGCGAACUCGACUCCCUGCAAGAGCUGAAUUUGUCGGGCUCUGGUGUGGUGUCCUUGCCUAAUAACAUACUGGCCCAUUUGCCCAGUAUUAAGAGUAUUACACUGGGACGAGGCAUCCAGUGCUGGAGGACCCAGAAACAGGGACAGUUCCACCCGCAGCUGGGUAAGGUCCAACACAACGAAGUUCUGAACUGUAACGUGGAGGGCAUAGUGCUGUGAGACUGGACAUUGACCAUUCCUUACAAUCAUGAUGCCAGAGCUGUGCCUUCUUUUUUGAUAUGCAAACACUUUGUUUUGCAACGCUCUGAAAUACCUCUUGAAAUAUGUCUUAAAGGUUUCAUGUAGGCUUCAUGAACUCUACACACGUUUAUCAUAAAUGCUACGACUUUUUGAAACAGUGGCAUAUUUCACAGAAUUUAAAUAGCACAGAGCGAUUUUUUCACAUCUUCGCAUACAGUAGAGUUUAAAAUGGUAGGAAACUUCCAAUAAAAACCAAAACUUUAAGUAAUAUUCAAACUUAAUGUUCUUCAUUUAAAGCGGGACCAUGUAAAGAGCUAUUUGCACUUUUUCCAAUACCAGUCAGAUUAGGGUUGCUCAAUUAUGUAUUGUGCGCAAUAAAGUGAAUCACUUCCGCAUCAGGUAAACUAGGGUGACCAUAUUUUCAUUUUAUUAUUAUUCAAUUAUACCGGUAUAUUAUAUUAUAUAGAUAGAACAAGAUAUUUACAGUUGGUUUAUUAAAAAUGCUUUUCAGUAAAAGUCAAUAACAAUAACUCCAAUAACAAAUGAUCAUUUUAUUCAAAAUGUAUUUAUAGCCUCGGUCUUAGUUCGGGCACAACUAAACUUUUUAGCAGUGUCUGAAUCGGGGAGGGUCUUUUUGAGCAAUGCACUAGUGCAGUCCAUGGAUCUGUAACUGUUGUGGUGUUUCACUGUGUGAAAUGACCAUGCAGCCUCCGCUGCAUUCACUGCAUCCUCGUUCCCUGGUCUGAGAAAGUACUUUGUGAUCGAGCUUGCUCUACCCUCGCCUCGGACAGCUGUUUUGUGCUUCUCGGUGUCCAGGUGGAUUUUCAGAUCUCUUGCACCUCCAUUGGACACCGAGACAUAUGUGCCUGCUUUGCACACUGUGCACAAGGCUUCCCAUUUGUCUCGACCCGGUCUGAAAGCCGGGAAACUCUUUAGUAAUUCGUCGGUAAACGAGCACUUGCGCUUCGGCAUGUUGCUUGCGUAUGACUGACAGUCACGUUGUCUACGUUCUGAUUAAUAGGGCUGACAGCAUAGGGGCGGGGAUAAGGCUACGUCGCACGCAGCGCCGUGGGCAGUGCCCUGGUUUAUGUAAAUGUAAUGGUCCAAAGAAGGUAAUUUUAAAAACCAGGACAUUUCCUCACUUUCUAAAAAUAACCCGGGACACCCGGGACAGGACGUGAAAUACGGACAUGUCCCGGGAAAUACGGACGUAUGGUCACCCUAGGUAAACACCGGUGACGGCUGCGUGUCUUAUUCCUCCAUGAAACCAGAAUAUCGGUGCCCGGUUAUUCAAACCCUUAAUGAUGGCAACCCUAACACUCUUUGACCGACUGACCGGCGCGGAGAAAUGAAGGUCCGGUCUGACCGGUCUGAACAGCCAGGCCGGAGCGAGCUUGAGAAUAGCGGGGCGCGGCGCGGCCGCUACACUGUGUGCUAUUGCUCAAACUUUUUUAACCCUUUUUGUCGAUCACACGGGGCUGAGCUCCCAGCCUUUUCCACCUUCGCUGUUUUUUUCACCACCGGUCACAACAUACACAACUUGGCACUUUCACUUUGCUUGAGAGUGAGAGCCAGUCAGCUGACCACUGAAUGCUUUGGGGGAAGGACUGAAUGGCGCAUCCACGUCUCUUUCGAAAAUAAAUGCCAAAUAAUCGUUUCGACUCGAUUAUAGUAGUUUGGAGAUCGUUUGAACCCAUAAGCGAAAUCACAUUUAGAUUUUGAUUAGUAGAGCAGCUCUAAGUCAUAUGUUGUUUUAUAAAAUGCACAUUGAGAAUAAUCACAUCCAGUGUUGAAGCCUACAAAACCUUCUGUCGACCACUAAUAAUUUUCAUUUGACUUUGAAUGUGAUGAUUAAUGGAAAUGAUUAAAAGGAAUAUUUCAAAGUUAAAGAAGACGGGAACAGUAUUGACGGGAUUGACGGGAACAGUAAGCUGGGCUCUGUCCAAAGAGUUCAGCUUUUGUACAAAUGAAAGAAAUUACUUUUUAAUGUGUAUUAUUUGAAUUUUGAGCCAGGCUAGCCGUUCCUCCCUGUUACGGUUCUUUAUGCUAAGCUAAACCAACUGUUUGGUUAUAGUAAAAAAGUUAAUAAAUGUUCAGAUUGUCAACAUGUACUUUCCACAGAGCAGUAAAUAUUGAUCUAGUAUGGUCUUAACAGAAAACAUCCGGUAAAGAUUGACACAACUGCAAAAGAGAAAGAUCUUUCAUUGUCACUGCCAAUAAAGUAUUAUUCUACUGCUCAUAAUUUCUCUUACAAAUAUGAGCCAGAAACCAACAACUUGUUCUCUGCGUUUAGACCGUAUCUUUUCAAUUGACACAAGGUGUGGUGCACAUUCUUUGCAAUAUGAAAUGCUCGCUGAUCUUGUUUACCAUGCUGACUUAAUUUGACCUUCAGUCAAAGUAGAUGAACAAGACACACAUGACCAGCGAGCUAUGACAACUCUGAGAUAUUUAGUAAUGGAUUGAUGCUGGUCUCUGUUGAUGUUUUAACAUCCAGCCUUACUAUUUGUGCUGUUGCCUGUAAACCAUUUUAAAAACAUUCCUGUGGUAUUUCUGAGAGGAUCAGCCUCAAGACUGCAUUUUAGGAUUUGUGACAUUUUGAAAGGCUUGAGUGUCUUGGAGGUUUUAAAAUUAAAUCCACCUUCGUCAGUUGGUUAAUGGAAAUCCAGAUGAGCCCAGACUUUUUUAUAGGAGUUUAUAUUGUGUAUGUACUGUUUGAAAUUAUAUUGUAUAUAACUUUUCAAAUAUAUGACACGUUUGUGUAAUA